AACCUCAGAGAAAGAUGGACACAAAGAGAAUGAUAUUCUGUCUGCUUGUGGCAGCUAUUAUCAGCCCUGUGUUUACUGAAGAAUGGAGGGCCAGUGUUGUAAAAGAACUUGACGCCCUGGUCACAUCCUGUGUUGUGGUACCCUGUUCAUUCACCCAUCCUAAAGAGAACCUGCCCACCUCCAGACUCAGAGGGAUCUGGCAUCGUUCGACUGAUAAAAACCAACGCAUCUACUACGAGGAUAGCACGCAGGUCUUGGAAAACUUUAGGGGCCGCACAAAGUUGUUGGGACAUUUGGGUCAGAACAACUGCUCUUUAGAAAUUACUAACAUUAAAGAUCAUGACAACGGCCCUUUCUGUUUCCGGAUCGAACUAGAACGAGCAAAGGACUCUUUCUCCUUUGUGAAGAGUUGUGUCGAGUUCAGAAUUCUCCCUGAUCCUCCGAAUCCUACAUUGAGUCAACCAAAGACCAAAGCCAUUCAAGAUCGUCCCUACACUAUCACCUGUUCAGUCCGCCAUACCUGCCCCUCCCAUGUGCCUAAACUCACAUGGAGUCGAGGCACAGCAGAUGAGGUAAUAGAGGUCCACAAGGAAACUGGUUUUGGCUACUGGGAGGCCCAGUCCAUCCUGACCAUCAUUCCUGAGGAGAAGGAUGAUCACAGUGAUGUCACCUGUACAGCACAAUUUAAUGGACAGAAGACAUCAUCUACAACAGUGACCCUCAAUGUAAAACGUACAGAAAAUUAUAACCACAUCAUCAUUCCUACAGUGGCAGUGAUUGGUACAGCUUUGAUCUCUGCAGUCUUCUGCAUUUUCAUGGUGAAAAGAUACAAGAAACGCAUAGCAGAGCUCCAAAAUCAAGAAGACAGUGCGUGGAACAACUUCAGACUCCAGACUGUCUCGAAGAAGGAGAAUCUAAAGGUCUUUAAAAUGGAUGAACCUGACCAUCUCUCAUUCAAGGUUGGAGCUUCAACAGAUAAACCAGAGACUUUUCAACCCAAGCGCAUUUCCUGUCAUGGGUAACUCAGCGUCCACUGGCUUCAGCCUUCCUACUACCAGGAAACUGUCCUGGGGGCGCCAGAAGGAGGAAACAGUCAAGCUGGAGGACUUCUUGACACAACGCG